AUGCCCCACCACCACACCAACCAGCAUCACAAGCACCAGCACCAGCAACACAAGCACAAGCAGCACCAUGGUCGCGGCAAGGAGCAGCCGAAGCAUGAAGGUGUGGACGCUGUGCUGCUGUUGUCGCUCUACUUUGCCACGGCUUCUGGCCGGCACCAUGACCUGGUGAAGCCGUUUCCGCCCAUGGGGCAUCCCGCCCCUGGCACUGCAGCUGCCACGUCAACUCCACACGACCGGAAGCGGGACGCAGAUGCGGCAGAGCAAAAGGACUUUGACACGCUACUGUCGACUUUGACCAACGCUACGAGCGUGCGCGACCACUGUGCAGCACCCUUUAUCUCCUGGAUGCGGCAUCGUAUCCGCCUGCAGCCUUGCCCUCCGUCGUCCCUGCCAGACCUCGUGGCGCAGCAACUGAAGCAAGUCAAAGCAAAGGUUGCCUGCUUUCACGUACAAAGAUGCCCCUCUGAUGCGUGGUUGCAACUGCAGCAUGAGCAUGGAACCACUGUUGCCCUCCACGGCACCAAGAUGGAACACCUCUACUCCAUCCUCAACCACGGCUUCUGCGGCGCCCUCAACAAGACAGCGCUGUUUGGGCCCGGCACCUACUGUGCCACUGACAUGUCCGUGUGCCAGAUGUUCUCGCCCACCAGCAAGGUUCCGCCCGGCUUGGCUCCGCACGUGGGAUCGCGCCUUUCACACAAGCACGAGCAAGCCACGCUAAAGGUCAAGGUGUUGCGGCUGCUGCGCCAACACGGUUUUGCCAUUGCUGUCGCUGCUUACGCUGUAUUCCUUGCGCUCAGCGCGUGGUUUGCACGAUAACCAGGUCAACAGCACACAGCAGGGGAGAAACUAGGAUGUGGGGUGUGGGGAAAGAUGGGAGGGAGGGAGGGAGGUUGGUGAUAACCCUCAUCCCAAUCGCAUGAAGAGACGUGUGUGGGGAGAAAGGGUGCCGUGUUUAAGGAAAAGGACAGAGAACGGCAACAACAACAACAUGGAAAGCAGGUGGCGGCAGUUAGGGCGAAUGCAGAUUAAGAUGUGAACGCCGCUCGCAU